GUGCGCGAGCGCCUUGAGCAUCAGCGGAGGAGGAGCGGCGGAGCGCCGGGAGCCGAGAGGGCGGGAGAGUGCAAGGCAGAGAGAGGCGGCUGCAGGAGACUCUCGCUCGCCGCUCCUCGUGUCUCCGACUGGAAGCAGAGGCGAGAGGCUCUGCUGAGAGCCCGAGCCCUGCCUGGUGGCGCUUCCUGGCCGACGCUCAUCUCUGCUCCGUUGCGCAGGACCGCAGAUCCCGAGCGGGAACCCGGCGUGACCUCAGGCGAGCGGCCAGGUGACCGGGGACCGUCACCUGAACAUGGGCUGGAGGCGCGCGGGGGCCUCCUGCUGCGGGACAGGGAGAGCGUCCCGUCCCCGGAGCGUCCCGCCUGCGAUUUCCGUCGGGGCAAAGUGACGGCCGCAUCCUCUGAAGAUGCCGGUGAUGAAGGGGCUGCUGGCCCCCCAGAACACCUUUCUGGACACCAUCGCCAACCGCUUCGAUGGCACUCACAGCAACUUCCUGCUGGGCAACGCGCAGGGGCAUCGCGGCUUUCCCAUCGUCUACUGCUCAGACGGCUUCUGCGAGCUCACGGGCUUCGCUCGCACCGAGGUCAUGCAGAAGAACUGCAGCUGCCGCUUCCUGUACGGGCCGGAGACCAGCGAGCAGGUGACCGUGCAGAUGGAAAAGGCCCUCGAGGGGCGCCGGGAGUACCAGGCCGAGGUGCAGUUCUACAAGAAGAAUGCAAACCCUUUCUGGUGCUUGUUGGACAUUGUGCCCAUCAAGAACGAGAAGGGUGAGGUGGUGCUCUUCCUCCUGUCCUUCAAGGACGUCAGCGAAACACAUGGCAAGAACCACCACGGCACCUGCAAGGAAGAUGGCGGACGACUGGGUGGAAAGAGCAGAAGCUCUCAGUUCAGAGAGGCGCGACGGCGGGGGCGGACUGUGUUGUACCACCUGACCAACCACUUCUCCAGGAGGAGCAAAGGGGAGGUGAAACUGGACAGGGGUGUAUUUGAGAAACCCUCUUUGCCGGAGUACAAGGUGGCAGCCGUCCAAACGUCCCGCUUCAUCCUGCUGCACUACAGCAUCUCCAAAGCCCUGUGGGAUUGGAUGAUCCUGCUGGCAACCUUCUACGUGGCCGUGACCGUGCCCUACAAUGUGUGCUUUACGGCCUACGAUGAGAGCGACGCUGCUGCCCGCAGCACAAUUGUUAGCGAUGUCGCCGUGGAGAUGCUCUUCAUCUUGGACAUUGUGAUAAACUUCCGGACGACCUACGUGAGUCAGUCUGGUCAGGUUGUGUACGACCCUCGCUCCAUCUGCAUCCAUUAUGCUGCCACCUGGUUUGUGGUGGACCUUAUCGCCGCACUACCCUUUGAUCUGCUGUAUGCCUUCAAUGUUACUGUGACCUCCCUGGUACACCUGCUGAAGACGGUGCGUCUGCUGCGGCUGCUGCGGCUGCUGCAGAAGCUGGAGCGCUACUCGCAGUACAGCGCCGUGGUGCUCACCCUGCUCAUGUCCAUGUUCGCUCUGCUCGCCCACUGGAUGGCUUGCGUGUGGUACGUCAUCGGCCGCAAGGAGAUGGAGAGCAACGACCCGGUCACUUGGGAUAUUGGCUGGCUUCAUGAACUGGGGAAGCGACUGGACACUCCCUACACCAACAGCACCCAGGGGGGGCCAUCGAUGCGCAGCGCCUACAUCGCCUCCCUCUACUUCACCCUCAGCAGCCUGACCAGCGUGGGCUUCGGUAAUGUGUGCGCCAACACAGACGCCGAGAAGAUCUUCUCCGUCUGCACCAUGCUCAUUGGGGCGCUGAUGCACGCCGUGGUCUUCGGCAACGUGACGGCCAUCAUCCAGCGCAUGUACUCGCGCCGCUCGCUCUACCACACGCGCAUGAAGGACCUGAAGGACUUCAUCCGCGUCCACCGACUGCCGCGGCAGCUCAAGCAGAGGAUGCUGGAGUACUUUCAGACCACCUGGUCCGUAAGCAACGGCAUCGAUGCCAACGAGCUCCUGCGCGACUUCCCCGACGAGCUGCGCGCCGACAUCGCCAUGAACCUCAACAAGGACAUCCUGCAGCUGCCCGUGUUUGAGUGCGCCAGCAGGGGGUGCCUGCGCUCCCUCUCGCUGCACAUCAAGACCUCGUUCUGCGCCCCGGGGGAGUACCUCAUCCGCCAGGGCGACGCUCUGCAGGCCAACUACUUCGUGUGCUCCGGCUCCCUGGAGGUCCUCAAGGACGGCAUGGUGCUGGCCAUCCUGGGCAAGGGGGAUCUGAUCGGGGCCGACCUGCCGGCGGAGGAGCAGGUGAUCAAGACCAACGCGGACGUGAAGGCGCUGACCUACUGCGACCUGCAGCACAUCAGCGUGAGGGCGCUGCGAGAGGUGCUGCAGCUGUACCCCGAGUACGCGAGCCGCUUCACGGCCGACAUCCACCGCAACCUCACCUACAACCUGCGGGAGGGCAGUGAGGCCGAGGGUCUGACCAGGUUCUCACGGUCACCCAGGCUCUUGCAUAACCCUACUGACUACAGCACCCACCAAAACCACAAGCCGGCCUUUGCGAGAGAGCAGGAUGGGGAUCCGGAGGAAUCGUUGCAUCCGUCCCCCUGCAGCCGACAACGCAGCCGGCUCACCUUGCCUGGGUUGAGCAGCCCUGUCCGUCACGGGUCUCUCAGCCAUCUCCUGGGCAGUGAGCUUCGCAACCUCGGUGCUCUGCGUCGCAGCCCCUCCCCUGCCCGUGGCUUCCGCUGUCGCAGUCCUUCCCCCUUGCCUGCCCCCAAGCUGGAGGCUGGAACGAGCCACAAGCCUGCCAAGGUGCUCAUCCCCUCUCUCAACUGCUUUGGUCCUCCAGACCUCAGUCCCAGGGUGGUGGAUGGGAUCGAAGAUGACGGGCAGACGUUUCACUUCAAUGUGGAGGAGAGCACUGCCAAAGCCAGCUCUGACAGCCUGACCAAAGAGGAAAGCCAGGCCAAUGCCAGUCUUCUUUUAGAGACCGAGGAGGUGAGACAGAGCAUCAGCCAGCUCAAAACAGAGAUGAGUCUCUUGAGCAAGGAAGUCUCCGAGGUAUCGGAGGAGCUUCACCAUAUGAUGCAUUUCCUGAAGGCCCGGGUAGCCGUGCAGCACUAUACAUCCGCCCUCUCAGCCCACCCCUGCGGCGUUCAUGUCAUCUGCAGCUGUAGCACAGCAAUGCGCCCACAGGCUCACCACGAUCUCUCGGGGCAGUCCGCCGGAGGUGGGGGAGGGUGGGGUGGAAAUUCUUCACGAGGCUGGGUGACCACUGUAGGUCAGCCAGUGGAUGGGGACCCCCCGCAGCAGCCGCUCAGUCCCAGGUCCUCCUGUUUCCGAGGGCCAUGGCGCAUGGACCAGCGCAAAGCUAACCAGCUGGGAAUGGAGGCACAGCAGAGCUCCUGCCCAACUUUCCGGAGCACCCCAAACUCCCCUUUUACUGCUCCUCACCAGCCCCACACUGACUUCUCCAUGCUCACCGUGAACCAUGGCUCCCCGGGGAUUGCUCCACCUCCUCAGACUGGGAAUGGAGAGCAUAAUACAACCCAAAAUUGUUCCCAACCGCCAUGCUCAAGUGCCAGCAUGGGUCCAUCCUUCCCAAAUUUGAAUCAGCAUGCAGCUCCAAGUUCAGAAUGCACCCGCUCCCAGUGCAAUUCUCCAGCAUCCUACUGGCCACUGCUAGUGGACCCUGGCGGUCAUGCUCCUUUCCACACAUCCCACAACUCUCUGUCACAUUUAAGCUCUUACCCCUCAGGUUCCCCGCAACAUAAUUUCCCCUGCCUAGCCAUCAAGCCCAUGCAAAAUGACCCUGUCGACCCCAGUAACACCACAAUCCCGGACACUGGCAAUCUUUUGGACACUGGCACUCUUGGCCCCUCACUGCCGACACCCACCCUCCUCCCCGGACACGCGUCCGGCACCUCUCAAGAUUCCGGUUCCAGGAGGAAGGACCCCUGCGACGCUGGACAGUCUCUGGAGGACUGGUUUGGAGUGGAGAAUGCUCUCCACCAGCCUCUUCAAGGUGGAUCAGAACCAGAGGGGCACAAUAACAGUGCCCUGGGUUCCAGGAGGUCCAGCACGGGAACUCAGACAGUUGAAAUGGAGUCUUUGUGGGAUCUUGAGUUAAUUGACUAACUGGAAUACGAUGUGACUCCUUGCUAACAGUGGAACGGCAAUGAAGACAAGGAGUCAACGUGAAUGGACAGGCAGAACCAUGGUCCCAGAACCGAGUUCCUACAGGGAUUAUCUGCAUAUCCCUUUAUUUACCUUGCCUUUUAAUCUCCCUUCGGACACUGGAGAAUCGCGGGAUUGUAGUUUUUUCAUUCCAAAGCACAAAUUUUUCAUAUCAUCACUGGAGAUUGGUAUUUUAUGCGUAAUCAUUCUUUUGAAUUACUGCAGCUAUCAACCAGAGGGAGGUCUGAUUAGCGAAAUAGUACAAGCGGAAAAGUCACACAUAUAUUCUGCAUGUUAACAUUUUUGAGGCAUUAAUGAGGAUAAUUCGCUUGACUUCUUGCAACCUUUUUAUUGUGCCGCCCCCCCCAACGAAUAACUCAGAAAGUCACAACUCAGCUGGUCUCAUUAAAGGCCUUAACAUAAAUGUCACCAGCUAAUUAAAACUUAUUGUGGUUUUCACACGAGGAGCUGAGAGUUGGAGGCUCAGGUUACCCGCAAAGCUAUACACUACAUCCUACUGGAUGUAUACAGUACGUUCUUACCUUGAUUUCUUUUAGCUGUAUUUUCGGGGACGAAGGAGUUGAGCUGAUUCUUGUUAUGGUUUCAGGGUCUUCGUUUAGUAAUCUUCUUCUUAUGCCUUCCGCUCCUCCUAAGGCACAGGCCGCCAGCAAGGGUUCUCCAGGCGUCCCAAAGAGUUGAGAUGUCACGAAGUUUCCUUGUUGGCGUUUCUGUAGCUGGCAAGGUUUUUUACGGUGUGGGGUAGCUAGCCCCACGCCCAACCCUCCUCCUUUCUCAGCCGGGCUUGGGACCGUCCAAGACGGAGUUCGUUUAUGAAUAGAUUCAAGUAAUAUUGAAAGUUAUAUCUCUGAAGGAUGUUUUACACUGGUACUGUGACUGUAAUUUUACAGCACAAAUUCAAACAUUUUAACUGAGGAAUGGAUUAUCCCAGAGGCGCAUACUAAUGUUUCAUCUUUCAGAUCCGGAGCAAUGUUGAAAAUCUGUUUCCUAAACUAACCAGCCAAAUGACAGCAAAAUCUGAAAUAAUGAGGAUAUGUCAUGUGCACUCCACUCGCCAUCCUGGGUAAAUGGUGUAACGAAUUGAAGAAGCCAGAGCGAAGUGUUAAAUAUCUGGCCUUUUACCUCGGCUGUCUCGUUGCUGGUGAGGCCCCUCCUCUGUCUGACAGGCUACAUUACACGCAUGGGUAGCCUUGGACGUUCUGUUCCCUAAUGUCAUUUCCGACGAGAAGGAAUAUGAAGUCUAACGCAACGCACUCCGACAGAACCCAGAAGCAUCAAGUACUACAACAUGUACACCUUUAUCGCUGACAUCCUCAGAUUUAUACAUUUAUAUCUAUCUGUGUUUUUGAAGUAGCGGGAUGAACACGGGAUGUUAGCCGAUACGUGGUUAAGGGGUCAGCUGAGGAAUACUAGCGUGGGGAACUUGGUUUAUUCGUCCCUGCCGGAGUAUUGCGAGGCCCGGUUCAACAGUUGCGGUUCUUUCGGGUCGAUAGGAGAGUGUGCUGUUCGGCCGAGCGAGAUUAUGAGCAGGAGACGGUGAACGAGGCCUUUUCCGUGGGCUUCGUUUAAAUGACAAUCUUCUGUGGAUCGCUCAGUCGUCUUUCCCGGUUGACAACAGCAGAACAGCUACUUAUCUGUAUAUUUGAGAUCAUUAUUGACCUUCGUGUCCAAUAGCUGCUCAAAGAGUGUCGUGAGUUCCACGGCUUCCGGUUCCAGCCGCUCCAAGGCGGUUAAAGUUCUUUGUGGCAUGGGGGCCUUGUUGAACAUUUCCCGUGAAAGGACUACAUUUUUCUACAUUAUCCAUCUGAAAUACUGCACGCCCUGGUUAACAGCCUCCCGUCUCAGAGUCGUGUUGAAAUGUCCGUGCUGCAGUGGCAAUGCAAGGUUCCGGUUGCGUGGGUUUCGGUGACCAUGGCAACCAGCUGCAGCUGGCCAAGAUGCUGAAAGCAAGAAGUUACUUGUUUAAUGGAUAUUUUUAAACACCAAUAUCAUUAUCGUACGGUAGAUAUUUUGGUCUGAGGUUCGAAUGAGAACACCAACUUACUGGCAACUAGAAAAUAGGCGAAACUUAGAAAGCUCGUGUCUGAAAACAGGUACCAAACUGUACAAAACUCAAAGGCUGUAAGUGGGAAUACGACAGGGUCCGAUAAAAGCAGUAACAGGAUUUGUGGUUUGUUAGAUAUCAGUUUUUGGCAGAUAACAGUGGUUCACAUGCAGACUUGUACUUUGAGUUUUUGUUUUUUCACUCUCUGAGCACCGUAGUUUGCAGCCGUUCACGCGAUGUCAGGAACAUGCAGGUUCUGUGCGGGUCACCGGCACAAAUGUGCCGAUAUAAUGUAAAUCACGUCUUGAAAAACUUUAAAACCUUAAAAAUCGCUCUCCUUUUGACAAGGAAAAGAAUUAAUCUCCAGACUGCCCGACGGCCAGAAGGGAUCCACCCGACAGGCUAAUUACCAACGUCUGUCAGCCACCAGUCUCCAUCCUGGCUGUCUCAUCCUGUUGGGAUUUACCAUGGCAACCAGACUGUAAAGGCAUAAAAACACACUGUGUGUUAUUCCUUCCUGUGAUUGUUCAGAUUAUUGUUUUAGUCGGAAUGGCAUUUUUGAAACAGGCUGACUGCUGAACAGUCAGUUAGAGAGGUAAAACAUAAUACUGUACUGCACUGUUUUCAGAAAGUGGCUUGAAACCCUGAUUGUGACGGAAACUGUGCUGCAUUUGCACCAACCGGUGUUUGGAAAGACGUUAAACGUACUUUUCUUUUCCAAAAUAUCCCUCAGAAAAGAGGAACUGAGAAGAAUAUCUAUUUUAGAGCUGCUAUGUUUUUAUUGUCCUGAGUCCCUGGUCAUUUCGGACACAUUUUGUACCUCAUUUAUUUUCUGUUUUAUUUGUGAAAAAGGAAGGGCGAGAUGCUGGGCAGAUUCAGAAAAGCUUCACAUAUAUCUGCAUGACAAAGAAGUCAUUCAAUGUUCCUUUGUUCUAUUCUGACAUGCUUGAGCACGAUGUGACGAUUCUGUCGACGGUGAUGUGCAUUUCCGCAUUAAAUAUUUAUCUUUGUUAUUAAAAUGUUUUUUUUUUUUUCCACCAUAA